GUAGGUCCUGUUUUAGGACGAGAUGCAGAACUGUUGAAACACCAGUCUGCUUUGGUUCAUACAAUCAGCUUUUUCAGCUGGGAAACCAUUUCUUCUUCCCUUUUUUUUUUUGGCCGACUUAACUGAACUUAUGAAACCAUGGCAGAAGGAGAGACAGAGUCACCUGGGCCCAAAAAGCGUGGUCCAUAUAUCUCAUCUGUCACUAGCCGGAGUGUGAACUUGAUGAUUCGAGGAGUAGUGCUGUUUUUUAUUGGAGUAUUUCUUGCAUUAGUGUUAAAUUUACUUCAGAUUCAGAGAAAUGUGACACUCUUUCCACCUGAUGUGAUUGCAAGCAUCUUUUCUUCAGCAUGGUGGGUACCGCCGUGCUGUGGCACAGCAUCAGCUGUGAUUGGGUUAUUAUACCCCUGCAUUGACAGGCAUCUAGGAGAACCGCAUAAGUUUAAAAGAGAAUGGUCCAGUGUGAUGCGGUGCGUAGCCGUCUUUGUUGGUAUAAAUCACGCCAGCGCUAAAGUGGAUUUUGAUAACAACAUACAGUUGUCUCUCACUCUGGCUGCACUAUCCAUUGGAUUGUGGUGGACUUUUGAUAGAUCUAGAAGUGGUUUUGGCCUUGGAAUAGGAAUUGCUUUCUUGGCAACUGUGGUCACUCAACUGCUAGUCUAUAAUGGUGUUUAUCAAUAUACAUCUCCAGAUUUUCUCUAUGUUCGUUCUUGGUUACCAUGUAUAUUUUUUGCUGGAGGCAUAACAAUGGGAAACAUUGGGCGACAACUGGCAAUGUAUGAAUGUAAAGUUAUUGCAGAAAAAUCUCAUCAAGAAUGAAGAAGGCAGAAAUAUAUCUUUUGUACAGAAAAGCAAGAUGAAAAAGGCAUGCAAAUGAUAAGAUAGACCAACAAAACUUCGAACUAUAAAAUUGCCAGGAUGCAGUUUUUCCCUUGAUUGGUGUGUGUAUAUACACACACACACACACGCACACACAUAUACAUACACAUAUAUAUACACACAUACAUAUGUUACUGCAAUCUGUGAUUGCUUCAUCUGUAAAUCAAGUACAAGCCUUUAUGUAUUUGACUUAAAUAACUGUAAAAUAUAUAUAUGCUACAUUAAAAGACAUGUUGAUUAAUAGAUGACAUUUUUAAAUUAAUUUUUUAGGUAUACCAUAUAUCGUAUCACAGUAUUGAUGUGCCAAAAUAAUUCUGUUACCGUCAUGCAGACUAUAAGAGUGCUUUGAACAAUUUAUAAAGUUGAUGAAAUAAAAUACGAGG